AUGAAGGUCACUAUCAGAUUAUCUACAGAAAUAUCGUAUACCAUUACUAUACCCGAUAAUGCCACUGUGGAAGACCUCAAGAAUUCAGCCAAAGUCGGAUGUCCCGUAACAUCCACCUUACCACCAGAUUUUAAACUUAUUUACAACGGAGAAAAAUUACAACCACAUUACCAACCAUUACUGGCAUUUGGGAUAACAACCAAUGAUGUCACUGUUAUUCUUAUGAGUAAUGUGAGCGAUACCCCACCAGUGUUAUCUCCCCUGAGCUCACAAACCGAAAAGAUAACAACUUCACCAACAAUCAAAAAGACAAAAAAGAAGAAUAAAUGUUCAUUCAAGUCAUGUUCCAAUGCUCCUUUGAGAAUGGUUGGGACUUGUAGUCAUUGUCAAGGUAAAUUUUGUGCUAAACACCGGUUAUUGGAAGAUCAUUUGUGCACCGGUUUGCAAUUUUGUAAAGACGACGCCCAUCAAAAGAAUGCUAUGAAGUUGCAAAGUGAGAGUACCAUUGCUAGUAGAGUCUAA